AUGAAAAGAUUAAUCAAACCCAAAUACGGUGCUCAAACUUACCCGUUUUCUUCGCUCCGGGUAGCGACCCGGGCCCACGACCCGACCUACGUACCCGGAAAGUCGCCGCCGGAGAUUCCUACAGCGCCGCCGACACACAACCCUGGCAUACCGCCGGAGAUGCCGCAGAGACCCGCAGUUCCGGACUUCGAUCCGAUUCCUCCGGAGAAGCCUGCUGAUACGCCGCCACUCUCGCCUGACCCAAGCCCGGAAAUUCCAGGCCCGCCGGAUCCAGUUCCGCAGACGCCGGAAAUGCCUUUCCCGCCGGGGCAGCCGGAGGUUGUUCCACCUCAUGGGCCCGAAGUAGUGCCGCCGGAGCCCGGCCCGCCGUACCCGACCCAGCCCGAUAUUCCGCCGCCCAUAAUGGGCUCAAAUGGGCUUGUUUUCUACUGA